UCGAGCUCCGACGAAGCCCUCGAUGGAGAUGCGGGUCGAGCACCCGUCGACCCGAUCCCGGUCCCACCGCGCGGCUGCGAGACCACAACCAGUCGCUGAUGCCGCCACAACCCCGUACCUUGCCGGCGACGACUUUUCCCCCUUUUCGACCAACCCCGUCGCCGCUGCCACCGCCUGCAUGAGGAAGCGGAAGCGGGAGUCUUGCAAGCGACAGGAUCAGGGAAUAGAGAUCGAUGUGUACUAUGGGUGCAUGCACGAGCACGGCAUAACCUCUUGCGUGAGUGCUGAAGAAUUGGAUGGAUGCAAACACUUAAUCGACGAGCUCCCGCCGUAGCCGCACUUGAUGUCUUUCGUGGAUCUGCAGCUGUGGGUCUUUAAGCUGUUCCGGCUCCAUCCAGAAACGCAGGAUCUCUCCAUCAGAGUGCUAGCUCGUAGAGUGCUAGCUCGUAUCCUCCGGAAAGCCAAAACACCAAGUGCAAGCUAGCUAGGCAGCAAGCUAGCAGGCAGCUUAAUGGAUUCUGGCCGUGUACAUACACGUGAACUGGAGCUAGCUUAACGCGGCGAUUGAACUUGAACGGCUCUGUAAAAUUCUAGACGGAAGACGCCGAGUCGAUGUAUUGCUGGAGGCCCGUAUCGAACUUGGAUAUUGCUUUUCUUUGACCUCUCUUAUCUGAUACAAAAAC